CUAAUUUGUUUAGCGCGGUCCCCAAGCCAUUACCCCUCGUGCUGCAAAUCAAAAUUAUGACAAUUUGCUUGUGAAAACCAACCAUGUCGGACGACGAAGAUUUGGCCCCAGCAGUCAAAAAACAAAGGAUUCACUUUGGAAGCCUUGAAACUGUAGAAAGAGAACGUCUAGUCACUGGAUCGUCCAACGAUAAUGAUGAUGAUAGAAAAGAUGAUGACGAUCAAGAAGCCGAGGGUGAGGACAACGAAGUGUCCGCGGCUGUCUUAGCUGGAAUUCGAGCGGGAAAUAUAAAUAUUUCCGAAGGUAAGCUGGUAAUUAUUAUUCUGCAGCUUGUAAAUAAGUCUAGUGUCUUACUUUUUCGACGAUAUUACCUCCUUAGAAAUAUAUUCGUCUGCUUUGUCGUCACGAGAACGUCUUUAGUUGUAUAUAGCGUUAGUUGUCGUGGUUUUAAAAUCACCGUGUACUGCGGGCAGACUUUGACUUCAUCACGGAUUCUUACAGUAUUUAUGUGUGGCACUGAAUAAGCACAGCAUCGUACAUAUCAAUAUCUGUCAUUGUUUUUGCUGCUAUGGUCUCAAGAUCACAAAUUCCUACAGUAUCACUCUCUUGCAUCAUGAGAAACUUUCAACCCCUAUUACUUCAAUUUUAUCUCUUUUGCUCUUGUUAGGUUAACCCAUUUGCCCCCUCUCCCCCCCCCCUCCCAAACAAUGUUGUAUUGGGAUUCCAUGAACUUCUUUUAGCUACAGGCAACAUUGAAUAGGAAGGGGUGGUCUUGUUAAUGAUCAAGAGUGUGGUAGACACAGGAGUGUUGUUAUACACAUAAACAGGACUGUUUAAACAUGAUGUGUCAACCAAUGUUGACACUGAUUGUAGGAACAUAAAAAUUUGGUGUCAGUUUUUUAGACAGAUGCUAAAAUAUUUCAACUGGAUCAUUCCCUAGCACUACUGAAGCAUCUUUAAGGAUCAUUGCAUGUGUUUAAGUCACGCAAAGGUCUGUAAACAGACUUCAGUGGCUUGGAAAGAUUAAACCCCAACAAACUUUAGUUACUGUACCUUUUGAUUGAUACUCUUCAUUGUGAGGACAAGUCCAAGACUGAUAGCUUUGAAAACAACUUUUAGAUCAAUAUGAACAUACUACAAAUGAGAUUUCUAGAAUCACUGCAAAUGACAAUAAGAUUCUGUGGUUUUCUGGAAAAAGUGUGGGACCCAUGUUUUUCCAAGGUACAUGUGUGAAUGUAUUUUGAUGGAGAAGGAAUUCUGUUUUAUGAGAGCAGUCACCUUCCAUAUAUCUGGCUUUGCUUUGAUUUCCAAAGCCGACACCAGGCAUAGCCUUGGUUUGUUGAUGGGUCUCAUCUUUGCUUCAUGGUUUUUCUCUGUGUUCCCGAUUUUCCCCUCUCUAUGAAAACCAACAAUCCAAAUAGCCAUGUGACUACUCUGUGGAUUUGCUGCUGCUAAAAUUAAAUUUUGUUUAUUCAUUUAAAUUUUGUUAUUCAGUUGGAAUAACAAUUUCUUUAUAAACUAGUCACCAUAUACAUUUAAAACUAGAUUGUCUAUCUUUGCCAUAAAGUGUCACUACUUGGAUGAGUAAGGGCAUGAUUAUGGCCCUGUAUUUCUUUCUCUUUUCCAUCUCAGACAAGAUUUUGAAAAGGUGGAAUUAACAGCUGGAAUAUUUAUCUUUCAAUAUUGAUUAUUUCUGCAUUUAGUUUUAGAUAUUGCUUAUAUAUUUUCCACUUAAUAAAACAGGAGAAUACCUUGAGCUGUCAGAAGACCAGACCAGUGAGAGACAUCAGGAACUUUUGGCAGAAUUUGAGAGAAGAAAAAAGGUAACACUGCAGAUUACAUUACAUCUCAGAAGAUUCAUUUGAGACCAUAGACUUGGUUUGUGUUGAGUUUUAGAAAACAUGAUAGACUCAAUUUCUCUCUGGUGGCUAGGAACACUUUUUCAUUAACUUGUCUAGAGUGGAGUUUUCUUUAUGAUAUGACAUGGUAAAAAAGUUGUGAUGGUGUUUUAUUGUAGGCACGGGCAAUAACUGUACCAACAGAUGAUGCUUCAGUUAAGGCAAGACUCCGAGAAAUUGGAGAACCAAUAAGUAAGUUAUUUUAUCCCUUUUACCCCAAAUAGUAAUUAGCAUCUAUUUUUUUCUUCAUCCCUGAACCACACAUUAAACUGACAAGAAUAAAGGAAAUGAUCACCAACAAAAGAAGAUUGUUAAACGCAUUCUCUUUGUCAGCACCACAGGAAAUGUAUAGGAAUUUUAUGGAGAAUAUGCUUACUGAUGUUACAGUUAGGUUGUAAAGGGUUAAUAUGGUGUGAAUUCAGCAUGCUUAAAUAAGGAUAAAACUUUAGGCCAUCUUGUUGUUAGUAAUUUAAUGUUUUUCCUUGCAGCUUUGUUUGGAGAAGGUCCUCCAGAGAGAAGAGACAGAUUGAGAAUCCUUUUGUCUGAACUUGGUAAGAAUUAAGUAAUUAUUGUAAGAUCUUGUUUAUCUGAAUGAAAGCAUACUUGAAUGCAUUGUGAACUGAUGAUUAUCUGCAUGCAUGCUUAGAUGCAGUAAGGAGGAUUUUGUUAUGGUUUACAUUGCAAAAUGUUUUCUAAACAGGUGAAGAUGUAUCCUUUGGAAAUAAGGAAGUUGCAGAGAAGUCAAAACAGGAACCAGUAAGUAUACCUUUAUGGAAAGGAUUUUAAAUUAAUUGAAUUGUAACUUCUUUGUUGCGGAUUAAGUGCAUUAUUUUUUUUAACAAAUACUUGGUGUUAAAAUGGUUGCCAGGAAUAAAAUUUGGUCACCAAAAUAGACAAAAAAUGUUGUCAAAGGACAGCUUGCCUGAGCUGUAUUUCUUAAUGGCUAAAUCACACAGCUAGGAUAUAAGCCAUGUUAUGGGUGUAAUGAGAAAUGUCUUCUGAUUUCACAUUACUUUUUUUUUUGUCAGGAAGUUCAGGAAGAAGUCUGGUAUCAUGAAGGAGAUCCUGAACUCAAAAUAGCUCGAUUGUGGAUGGCUAAAUACUCUUUACCUCGGUAAGUCACUGUCACUGACCCAUUGCAAUUUGAUUAGAAUGCGUAAAUCUGAAAAAAACUUUUGAAGACUUAUUUAAAUGUGGAUUUUUUUGCAAUAUAUAGGAACAAUUUUUGGGCUGGUCAAGAUGACAAAGAAAUUCAUGCUGUUAACCAAUUUUCAUGAUUUCAUUCUAUGGUCCUUCUCUUGGUUUUUUCUAAACAAUAAAGUUUGGUACCUCAGGGUUUAGUAUCAUGCCAAAAGACAUGCAAAUUUUCAAUAACUUUUCAAGGUAUGCACUGAGAAGUUGUUUGGUUGAUGAAUCAUGGGUGGAUAGUUUGAAUGAGUCUGAACAGAUAGCAUACAAUUUGACUCUUGACCCCUAUUAUACAUGGUGUUUUGAUUGAUUGAGGGUAGUAGACUUUCAAAAUGAAUGCCUGCAAAAUUUUCCAUUAUCCCACAUAAUAUCUUACUUGGUUUUCCUGACAUCUUGCCAGCUCUAACAUACGCAUUCAGAUGCUCAGGACAUAAUAUGUACUAAUUGACUGAGUGGGAGGGCUGGAUGGGAAAAUAUUUGGCUCGUGAUUAUGGCAAACACACCAAUUGUAGCAAGAUUCAUACUUCAUGAAUGAGAGUAAAAUAUUUUCCCAUCUAGCUUGACCUAACUUAGUCAAUAAGUAUUUUAUCAUGAGGCUACUGAAUAGGUUUUGGAAAAUUCAAGAAGUUUGUUGUCAUUUAAAUGGGAUGGAAUAGACUGGUGUGCAAGGGAAAACCACAUAAAAAGAUUUUACAAUAAAAACUAUUCCUUUAUUUUUUUCAAGUCAGAACAAGAAAAUCACAAUUCAUUGAAAAACGUGACUUGUUUUCUCAAUUUUGUUACUCUUUUUUUUACAUUAGAAGUAAACAAAGUGUCUUUCUCUCUCUUUUUUUUGUAACAAAGCUAUGUAAGUGCACAAGGACGGCUUUUUCUGAACCAACUCAAGUCAACCUGUCAUGUGAUUAUACUAAUUCAGGACACUGAGCGUUGACACUGACCUUGGAGUAAAUUUGUUUAUCUUAAGAUGGGGUUCAUCUCACUAAACAUAGGCCAUUUUGUAUUGACAUGAAUGUCAUGAUGUAUUGUAGUUUAACAUAUAGGGUACCUUUAUUUGUGUACUUCUUAUGUUUCAUCAUUCUUAUGUAGUUGCUCUGUCUGUCUGUCAGUUUUUUGGUCUGUGUACACAUUUCUCACCUUGUAGUUUUCAAAAAUCUAAUUUACAUAAAUUUUUGGUUUACUGAGAAUACGUCUUGGAUUUGCAGGGCAUGUGAAAGAUUAAAGCAAAUGCGUAUCAAGCAAGCUAGACCUGAUCCAGAAAAGGCUGCCAAGACACAGGAGUUACAUCGGAAGCUGCGGGUUUGUGUGCACAAUAUUUUGAAAGCAAGGAGGUGUUUAGUUUGGUUCUAUUAAAAAAAGAAAACAUUUUGUUUUGCAGGGUCUGAACAACUUUUGUAGUCAGAUUGGUGACGAUAGACCACUGUCUUACUGCCAGUUCUCCCCAGACUCAUCCAUGCUAGCCACUGCAUCAUGGUAGGUUUUGAGCAGACAUACAUGUAAUCCUAUUUAUAGUGAAAGCUCCAUACUACACAUAACCUUUCAUAGGAAGAUUUUAUUUGCUUUUUCAUAACCAUGGGAAGUAUGAAUCCCCAACAAGGUAUUGAAAACCAGACCUUUUGAUUUAAUGGCCUGAUGUUCUUCCACUGAGCUAAAGAAAGUUCAGUGGUGGGUAUGGCCUAAAACUAGAUUUGUAUGUGCCAAGUAUCCUGCAUGUUAUAGCAGACUAACACUAUUUUUAUUGUCCCUUUUUUGGUUGUUAGGAGUGGCUUGUGUAAGCUGUGGUCAGUUCCUGACUGUGAACCAAUAGCAGUUUUGCGAGGUACCACGUGUAUGAUAAAUGUUGUUAUGUGUUUUGGUUACUUUCAAACUUUUAGUACCAUAAAUGGCCUUGAAUCUGCAAUUUCCAAUAAUUAAUUGUUUUCUUUCCCAUUUUCAAACACUGAAAGUUAAACUACAGUGCCAUAGUUUUCUUUUCACAUAAACUUUUAUUUAAAUAAUUCUUUCCUAAUACAAUGUGGCUUAAUUUUUGUCUAUUUGGGCUGUGAAUUGGGCAACAAUUAAUCAUGAAUUUUUUGGUACUCUUGCUCUUUUUCUCUCCAUUGUUGAUAUUUUUUGGAAAUUCUCCUUACUACCAGCAAUUUUUUUUCUAAAAAUUGUGAUGCUUUUGUUUAUGCAUGUUUGCAGGUCAUAAUGAGCGUGUUGGCUCCAUUGUGUUCCAUCCCCAAGCUACACUGUCAUUGGAUGAAUCAGGACCUUGCAUGGCAUCCUGUGAUGCAGAUGGUGUUGUGCUUUUGUGGUCACUGAACAUGUAUGGAAUCACGCAGUAGAUGAUACUAUCUAAUGAUUUUCUUUAUCAUCAUCACUUGUCUUCCUGGCUCUGCAAUCUAAUUUGAUGGUGUAGUCUGAGUGUUGGUAGUGAGAAGAACUGUUGUUGGUUGCAGUGACUGAUGUUUUGACAACCUCAUCAAGAAGUCAUCAUCAGUGUGAAUUCUAAUCUUGCCAGAAGAAAAAGCCUUUAAGUCAUUAGAGUGACAAGCAGCUAAUUUCUCCCAACUGUAGCACUGCUGAAUCAAACAUUAAGGUCAUGAGAAUACAAGAAAUUUAUCCCCAACUAAAGGAGCUUUUGACCGUUAAACAAAUUAUCCUUGUUAGUACCAAAGGAAAUGUAUACAAAACAGUGUGGAGAAUAUGCACAAGGAUCUUAGGGUGUAAAGGGUUAAUAGCAGAAGUGAAAAGGUUGAUACUUACAUGGUACCUUUUCCCAUCAUCUGUUUAGGGACACACCACUUGCAAACAUUGAGGGACACGAGAAACGUGUGUCCCGUGUGGCUUACCAUCCAUCAGGACGCUUUCUUGCAUCUUGUUGGUAAGCUGUGUUACCUUCUGUCAGUCCAGUAGUUCAAUCCAUGGUUUUUUGUUUUUUGACUGUCAGACAAAUAUAAGUCUGCUUUUCUUUUAAUUCCUGGAUGUUUGUGUUUGUGUAGUUUUGAUCACUCCUGGAGGUUAUGGGAUUUGGAACAGCUAAAAGAGGUUCUUCAUCAGGUAUUCAAAACUACUCCAUUUACUCCAUUCCCAAGUGAUUGAUCUUUUGAUAAUGGUUAUUUGAUGGUUUUUGAAUGUUCUUAUUGUAGGAGGGUCACUCUAGAGAGGUGUACAGUAUUGCAUUUCAGGUUGAUGGCUCACUUGCAGCCACAUGGUAUGGUUUAUCAUUACUUAUCCAGUUGCUAGUUUAUAUUCACCAGAGAUUUUGUCAUGGUUGCCAAAGGGAUGAGCAGAAGUCCUUGAGUCGGGGAUUUUUGGUUGAGUUGUAAAAUUUUAGGAAUUUCAGGGAUAACUGAGAGUAUGACACCACAGUGUAAAUGCUUUGGAUGGGUGGAAGGCCUUUUCUUUUUUCAUCAUUUUGAGAUGGACAAUGUUUUUGGUUUAGUCCAAUUUGUUUGGUUAAGGCGAUAUUACAAAUGCUCUGUCGUGAUUUAUUGAAAAAAAAAUCAGCGGGUGGAAAGGAAGGAUGUGUGAAGAGCUUAGGGGUUGCUUGUGUAUGUUACUUGUUUGGUCAGGGAAAUUCUAUUUUCAUCGGGGAGUUUUGAAUAGAGUUUCUGUGGCAACCAUGUCAUAUUCAAUGCCCGUUUUUCUCCAAUGUAAAAAGUCUACUCCUGUGCUCUUUCAAACCAUUUUUGGCUGUCGAAACAGUAAAUAGGAGUUAAGUAACUAUUAUUUGUACAGAGGAGGCAAUGUUGGAUGGCAUUUAUUGAAGUUCACUUAAAUACCUUUUGUUGUGCGUACAGUUCGAGUCAAAAUAGCUGCUUUCUGUUAUAUUUUCAGUGGCCUCGAUGCGCGGGGCCUGGUAUGGGACCUUAGAACAGGUCAGUGUAUUAUGGGAUUGGAUGGACAUCUGAAAAAAGUGCUAGGAAUAGACUUUGCACCUGACGGGUGAGUUACGCCUAAGAACACCCAUCCAUAGGGUGUCUACGCAUGCGUGAAUUUUAAACCAAAGAAAUUAUAACCAAUCAAAACAAAGCAAAAUAUGCCAAACAUAUCAAAUUAUCGUAUGGUUAGCCCCGCGAGCUAUUAAGAUGAAGUUGAUACUUUGUUCUGAUUGGCUACCGAGUGUUGGUUCACGACUGCAUCAUCAAACAUUUUUCUUGUUUAUCGCCCAAAAAAGAAAGGUCUUAGGACCAGCAGGCUCGCGAACACGUCUUUAGACAAUCCAAAUAAAGGAAACUGCGAUGAAUUUCGUGAAUUCAGUGGCAAUUGCUGUGUUUAAUUUUUAUUUUGCUUUAAGACCAAACGCGUUCGCGCGGGCAAUCUGAACACAUCGAGGGAAAUGAAACUAAUGUAAGAAAGUGACAGAAAGUAAUGUAAGUGACAGAAAACCGUCAUUUUGAGAGAGGUGCUGCUAGAUGUAAAUUAGACUUAAAUCUGCUUAUUUUAAUGUAACAUACGAAUGAAGAAUUUAUAUCAACCAUUUAAAAACGGUAACAAAGUAAUGCGGAUAAAAUUGUAUUAACUUGUGCGUGUACUUGGACUUUGAGGCCUUCUUGUAUAAGGAAUUUGAAGUUGUAAAAUGGCCUCUUUGUAUCAGAUAUCGUGUAGCUACUGGAAGUGAAGACCAGAAAAUUAUGAUUUGGGACUUGAGGAAGAGGCAGUGCGUGUACACUAUUCCUGCUCACACCAACCUUAUAUCACACGUCAAGUUUCAAGGUAAGCCAUGUUAUCUGCAAUUAGUUUGAAAAAUGCUUCAUUCAGCAUGAGUUUCGAUUGGUUGUUAUCCAUGAUCUAUGAUCUAUUAUACGUUAAGCCGAAUUAUGUACGCUGUUCGAGUGGUUCUUACGAUCUCUUGGAAGGCCGUAAAUGACAUGAUCACCGGUUAUUUUUUUGCAAUGUGUUCUUCACCAACCCCGUCACUUAUGGCUCUUCUGUCUCUUCAUAUUUCUUCAGGGACCACACUUUAGUUUGUCUAUUGAGUUGUCUUAAAUACUUUCUUUCAUUUUGUAGAAGACUUCUUGGUCUCGGCAUCCUACGACAAAACAGUAAAGGUAACUUAGUAAAUGAAUGUUGUUAUGGUGCUCAUUCUUGGGGCGUGGAGAGUUGAUCAAUGAAAAUAGAUUACUGUUUUCGUGAGUGUGUGGAUGAAGUUGUAGCUGGAAAAAAUGGCUUGCGAGGAAGAAGCUUUCAGUGUUUUUUAUUUUUCCCAGCCUUAAGGUCUCGUGUCGCGAACAACGUAAUGUUAAUUGUUGUAUAGCACAAGAAUUACCUAGAGGGAGGAUUACAUAUCUCGGUUGAGAGAAAGCGGUCUUAAUCAUUCAUUUCUUUUCUCAUCAGUACUUAAAGUUGUUUACCUAAGAAUAGUUGUAUUGUUUUAGCCUAGUUGACAAGGUUUUUUUCAUAAUUUUCAGCUCACACUGUUUAGUUUGCAUUUAUUAGCUUACACUGUCAAAUUUAGAUUGUGUGGUCUACACUGUUUCAGUUUACAAUGGCCGUGUUUUCACUUGCGUUUUUUUCAAGUUGCUUUGCGAACGACUACCAAAAAUAUCUUGAAAUCAGCUGCUUUCCAACGCGCUUCAAGUUAAGCUAGUCGCCAAACUCAAAAUGCAAUGGUCUUUUAGUUCAAGCCACCAAACCAUGUAGCUUAAGCGAAUUGGCAGUGGAUUUCCGCCAAUGAGGGGGAACUUGCGGUUUUUCCAUCUGAUGAAGCCGUCAAAUCGGAAAGAGAGCACGCGUUCUAUUUUAAUGUCUCCCGCAAAAUAAGUUGGACAAUUAUCUGUCUCGAUCUCGGAUGCUUUCGAAGUCCUUCUUCAAAUGAUCCACGUAAGCAGUUCAAGAUAAGAUUUCUUCCUUACGUCGUUAGAAAUGCAAAGCAUUCAGCUACAAGGGAACACCUUCUGUAAGCAAACUAAUGUCAGGAUUGUUAAGUGAGACAUACGGCGUCGUGAAAACAUCACCAUUGUUUAGUUUAUAGGGGGUACGUUUGUUUAAAUAUAGAAGGGGUAAGUUUCUAAAGAAACUGUGGUGCUGCAUCUGUGGGGGGAGGGGUACUGCAUCUGUGGGGGGAGGGGAAAGGGGGAAUCUAAAAUCAGUUUUAUCAACUGAGUUAAUGAUGUGAGUUGGUCGCUAUUGAGUCUGAGUUUCUGAAGUUGACGACUAACGCUCGAAAUUUCAGCUAUUGUUUAGUUUGCAGUGUUAACUUUACAAUUUUUAGUUUCACUGUUUUAGUUAAGUUCAUAUUUCUUUUUCAGGUUUGGUCCCACCCUGGCUGGGCGCCUCUGAAGACCCUGACAGGUCAUGAACAGAAAAUAAGCUGUGUCGAUGUUUCACCAGGUCUGUACUCUGUGAGAUAGAGUGUCUGAACUGUUACAGUACUUGAAAAAAAAAUUUACGGGAGAUUCUUUCAAAAUGUUCGUUUGUUUUCGAGGGUAGGCCCUCAUUCUUAGUGCUGCAGGACGCGCGUUUCUACGCCCUUGGGAAGAGUUGAGAUGAGUCGGGGAGAAGUUUGCCGGGGGCCUGGCACUACUGAUUAAGCACUAGUGAUUGUCAGUGCAAGACUCCCUGUAAACUUAUGGCCGACUUGUGUUGCUCAAGGGCUCAUACUAUGCUCGCAAACUAUCGCACAUUAGGCGCUGCAACUGUCUCUCUGUGUUCUUAUAAAGUUGUUCCUUCAUUUCAGAUGGUCAGUACGUUGUGUCCAGCUCCUUCGAUCGCACAUUCAAGCUGUGGACGUCCGAUUGAUCUCCGACAGAGCGAAUCUGAUAGACCUUGUUAAUAAUUCCUGUGAAAAUUGUCAGAUUAUCCGAAAAGAUAUUGGUCCCAACUUAUUCACAUACAUACGGUGACCCACAACUGUCACGGCAAAGGAAAUAACCUCGCGGCAAAAGAAAUAGCCUCGCGGCAAAAGAAAGACUCACGGCAAAAGGAAGAACCUCACGGCAAAAAGAAGAACCUCACGGCAAAAAGGAAAAGACUCACGACAAAAGAAAAAACCUCACGGCAAAAAGAAAAGACUCACUCGAAAGAAAUAACAAGGUGAUUUCUCUAGCCGUGAGUUGUUAACUUUUGCUGUGAGGUUAUUCUUUUUACCGUGAGUACAUACAUGUUACUAGUCCAAACCUCUGUGCGGGAUCACUGAUACAAAGCAAAUGUCAUUUGUAUAUAUAUAUACUUUAAAACUGCAUCGAUUAAAGUGUUUUUGAAAUUUAACUCGG